AUGUUAAGCUAGCUCUAUUUGUUAUUUAUUUUAAAUUACUAUGCAAUAUAUAUAAAUUAGUAAGUUAUUAAUAAUUAUUAUAAUAAGAAUUACUUAAGAAUUACUUAAGAAUUUCUUAUUGAAUAUAUUUUUUCAGCAAUGCAAUCUGUUAGUGGCGGAGCAUUAGUAAUCUGGAUGAAGAGACUUCGAAAUUCAAUUCCCCCCUUAGAAACACCUGCAAAUGAGGAUGCAAAUUGAUAAUUUGUAUUGGUGAUGACGGUUAACAAAAUUUAAACAUUCUGAAUUCUUUUUCCUUAUGAAAAAAUUCUCAACUAUAGCUCAAUUGGAUCUCUAUAGAUGAAUUUAUGUUUUUGUAAUUAGCCAUAUUUUGGAUAAUACUUUUAUAUUAAUUCAAGAAUAAUA